UGUGUGGCAGGUUAAAACUGUUGUCAACCACAAGGAGCAAAAGAAGGUCAAGUACAACUCAAUCGAUCGACCAGAAUGAGUGGGAAAAGGCCGAAACGCAAAGUGGCGAUAAGGUCCAAUGAAAAACUCGAUUGGUACAAGGGUACGUUUUGUAAAAUCAACCCAAAGUCCAUCUUUAUAAAGCCUUUAGAGACGCUGCCAAGCAAUUAUUCACCGAGGGAUGUCUAUCUGAACCCGACAAAUAUUUCUCCACAUUUACUACCGGUGAAGGCUGGAGAUUCGGUGGAGUUUGUCCUUGGAGAUAGAGACAAAUCGAGGCCAAUGGCACGAAAAGUAAAAAUAACGAAAUACACGAAUCGGAGCUGGCAGGAAAUACAAGAUUACCUCGCAAAUUUGUUGGACGAUUUGAAAUCAAUGGACGGUAAAAAAGUUCUCAUGGAAAGUUUGUCUAAUUCUGUUCAAUGGAGUUUCUUUGGAUCGCCAUGUUUAAGUCCUAGACAAGAGGAUGAGCCACGGUUGCCUUAUAUCAUGGAGCUAAUAGAGGUGUUGUUACAAGUUUUGCUCGUUGGUAAACCAUGCAAAACUUUGGUGGAAGAAGCCAUGAAAAAUGUGACACAGGGAUUAUUGUUCAGAGCGUAUGAAGACAAAAGUCUGCCCUCUUUAAUAAAAUCAAGUACAUUUCUUCCUCAGAAAGACGUCAUUUAUGUGAGGGAUGGAAAUCUUUACCCCAUAAAGACAAAAAUAUUUCGCAACUUUUGCGAAAACGUCGUCUGCCAGGUUCCCUCCACAGCUCGCUUUCUUUUACCGACAGUGACAGCUAUUUGCGAAAAGAUCCAAAAUCCAACAACACAAAGCUUUUUGUUGAAAAUCCUGUCCACGUCUCUAUCCAGUCAAAGUUCGGGAGUGGUAGCAGAUGAAGGAAUUUGGCAAAAUCUCCCAUUUAUUCCGACAGAAAAUGAGAUGGCUGGUAAUUUGGUGGAGGAAGACAGACAUCUUUCCAAGGUGAGGAACACUUACAGCGAUUCAGAAACAUAUAUGGAUACGUAUUUCAGACUGCUUCGUGCCGAAACAUUCUCUGGCAUACAACACGGUAUAAAAGACCUCAAAGCUUGUGAGCUAGACGAACGAGAUAUGAACGUCUACUACAAUGUACACUUGGCCGGAUUCGAGGUGCAAAAUGGACGCUUCUCUCUCGUAAUUCAUUUCACGUCGGCGAAAAUAGUGCGAAACUGGAAAACUUCAUCACAACUUAUGUUUGGAAACUUGGUGUGUCUAUCGCUUAACCGGAAGUUUGAUGAUGUCAUUUGGGCUGUGGUAUCAAAUAGAGAUGCAGAAUUGCUGAACAAAUAUCAGAUCAUUAUGCUUGAGUUGAUUGACUUUAACUUAAAAACGAUCAGUCAAAUCGUCAUAUCACUACAAGCACAAGCAGGUUCAGCGGUAAUGGUCGAAUCUCCUACGUAUUAUCAUGCUUUUAAUCCGGUGCUGCGAAGUUUGAAAGAGUUCGACAUAGAGAAUUUUCCUUUGCGAGAUGAAAUUGUGCAAGGAAAUGAGACAGAAGGAUUACCUGAGUACUUGCAGCGAGCAGAAUCAGUGAACACAAAGCCCAUAUACAAAAAAACUAACAAUACUAACAGAUUUCUGCACCUUUUUGAUAAUUCAACUGACAUCAGUAAUGGGGAAAUGAGUUUCCAAAGAUUUUUGCAAGUCUUCGACCGACAUUCAAGUACAUCCUUGGAAAGCAGCCAAUGCGAAGCACUAAUCCAUGCACUUACAUCUAAACUGGCCAUUGUACAAGGUCCACCUGGUUGUGGUAAAACUUUUAUUGGUGCAAAAAUAGUUCAGUUGCUGCUAUCGCUGUCUCCAAAAUUGGAGAAACCAAUUUUACUGUUGACGUACAAGAACCACGCUCUUGACGAGUUUCUCAAACACAUGUUAGAGUUUUGUGACAUAAAUGAUAUGGUCAGGAUUGGAAACCGAUCGAAAGAGCCUCGAUUGGAGUCUUGCACCUUACAGGAGGUGAUGAAGACAUUGCAGAGGGAUAAAAGUUAUAGCAAAACAUUGCACGAAAACAUUAUGGAAACAAAACAGGAAAUUCGCGACAUGGAAAGUCAAAUAAAGAAUCUAUCUCAGCGAGUUGAUGCAAGUAGUCAUUUGACGAAGAGGAAGCUGAUUUACGAGCUAAGUGAACAGCAACUAUGUUCCCUCGUAUUAAAUAUUCCUGCAUCCGUUAAGUUUGGCAAGAAUAUCGACAAGUCAAUCGUAAGAAGUUUGAUAAAAUCCGUCUUGCAAUUUUUCCCAAGCUUCAAAGAGUUUUGCACGACGUCGUUAAGCAACGCCAUACAGAACGAUCUGCCCAACGUAGAACAUUGCCAGUUUAUUUAUACUUUGUUCAACACGGCUGUCCAAGCUUGGUUGCCCAGCAGACAAGAACCCCAGCGAAUGAAAGCAUUCCAAGCAGAAUAUGUCUAUCGCGUUCGAAAACCGGAAGAAGAUAACGUCGAAGAAGACGAUAACGUCAAAGCGAAUAACGAAACUGACGCGUCACAACAAAACACAAAUGAAGAAGAUAGUGGCGACGAGGAACAUGUCAACGAGUUGCUGGAGAGUCGAAUGUUUUCACGAAUGAAAACAAACGACAAGUCAAGGGAUGGAUUGACUCUUUUCAAAUCGUUUGAGACCUCAAAAAAUGCGACAAACAAAAACAAGAAGAAGACUUCUCAAGAAAACACUACCAAUAACAAAACUUAUGCAAAAAACAAAGAUGUCCUGAUCGAUAUAGCUGACUACCCCAACGACAUGCAAGUCAACCCUAAAAUACGUUCUGUUAAAAACCUGUGGCAGUUAGACACCGUUGAAAGAUUGCAAUUCCUUUACUGCAUACUGAGUGAAUCAACAUCAAAUACGUCGGAAGAAUUUGACGAGCUGCUUGAAACAUUAGAGAUUUUGAAGAAAAGAAAAGAAGAACUAGAGAUGGAUAAAAAAGCAGAAGUGCUAUCGCAAAAGAAAAUCAUUGGUGCAACUAUUACAGGGGCGUCCAUUAAUCACGACCUUCUUCAUCAAAUUGGUCCAAGUGUCGUCAUCGUGGAGGAAGCCGCUGAAAUACUAGAGCCCAGUUUACUAGCUGCGCUCACGCCAUCAAUUCAACAUCUUGUCCUGAUUGGCGAUCAUAAGCAACUCAGACCAAAUGUUGACACGUACAAGUUGCGAACCGACUUCAAUUUCGAUAUCUCUAUGAUGGAAAGAUUGAUCAACGCUGGAUAUCCAUACAUGACGUUGAGAAAACAGAACAGAAUGCGGCCAGAAUUUUCGGCAUUGCUGAAAGAUAUCUAUCCGACUUUAGAAGAUAACCUAGACUUGGUAUCAGCGAAUGAGCCAUUGAAAUGCAUCAGUCAUUCCAUGUUUUUCUGGUCGCAUUCAGACCCGGAGAAAAAAGACCGUACGUUCACUAAUACGAAAGAGGCUGAGCGCAUUAUAGCUUUGGUGUUGUAUCUACUGUCCAGCGGCAUUCCUCCAUCUGAAAUAACAGUAAUCGCAGCAUAUUUAGGGCAAACGAAACUCCUCAGAAAAAUGAUGAAACAACUUAAAACAGAACAUCCACAACUUUUUGACAAGACAGCAGACGACCAGACAGCACCCAUCGAAGUCCAAACGGUCGAUAUGUAUCAGGGCGACGAAAACAAUUACGUAAUAAUAUCGUUGGUACGAUCCAACACUCAUGGUGGCAUCGGCUUUCUUAAGGAAAUGAAUCGUCGUUGCGUUGCCCAAUCUCGAGCUAAACGUGGCAUGUACUUCGUCGGUAACAAGGAACUUUUCAUGAACGCUAGAAAAUCGGUUUGGAAGAAUGUUAUAAGAGGAAUGGAAGCCCAAGGAUGCACUGGAAAUGCUAUACCUUUACAAUGCACGAAGCACAACGUAUCUCGCUUUGAUGCGGUGACAGGGGAUGAUAUAAAACGUGUCGUAAACAAUCCCAAACUUCUCUGCUCGGAAAUAUGUGGUGAACUCAAUCCGUGCUUUAGGCACAUUUGCCAAAAGCCUUGCAUACCUCAUCAUGAUCAUGACGUUUGCCACGAAAUAGUUCACGAUUAUUUCCCAAAUUGUGGUCACCCAGUGAAACGGGAAUGUAAAGAUGAUAUUUCUGAGUUACUGUGCCGGGUAGAAGUCGUUGUUACCCUGGAGACCUGUGGACAUCAAAGGAAGAAGGAAUGCCACCAGCGAAACAGCGAUCUCAUUUGCGAUGAGCUUGUCAUGGCUACAUUUCCAAAAUGUCGACAUCAAAUCGAGAAGAAAUGCCAUGAAAAUAUUGAGAAUUUAACGUGCCCAUUUCCAUGCACUGAAUUCAAUAAUUGUUUCGUUCACAAAUGUAAGAAAAUGUGCGGCGAACCACACAGUCAUGAAACGUGUCCGGAGAUGGUGUAUUACCGAUAUCCCGACUGCGGUCAUCUUUCAUCGAAGAAAAAGAAAUGCUCUCAACCAAUCACCGACAAGUGUGGGAAACUGGUCGAAGUCACCGGAGCGUGUGGUCAUAAAAUCAAGAAACCGUGUCAUCAAGCAGAAAUUCCUCCUUGUAUGCAUCAAUGUGAAAAGACUAACUCCUGCGGGAUACAUCGAUGCGAAAAGAAAUGUGGCAUACCUCAUGAUCACAACAAUUGUCAGGAAAUGAUCGACUACAAAUUUCCUGGGUGUCAACAUCAAUCGAGUAAAAAGAAGAGAUGCUCUGAAGAGAUCACGUGGAAAUGCAAGCACACGGUGUUUUUCAAAGGAUCAUGUGGUCACGAGAUAAAGAAGGAAUGCCAUCAGAAAAAUGAAGACGUGAUGUGCACUGCACCGUGCACCAAGAUGAGGAAAUGCAACCACAUGUGUACUAAUCUUUGUGGAGAGGACUGUGAAAAAGGCGACUGUGCCCAAUGCUUGGAGGAACACGAAAAAAGGAUGAAGAAAUUCCGUGAAGAUGCAAAGAAACGAGAAAUAGAAAUUGCUCAUCAAAUGAAACAAAAUCCCGUUCCAUUUUCCAUCAAGGAAAUUUCACCAACCGGUUCAGAUUCGGGAAAAUACCAAAUGGUCAAAGACAAAGUAUUGAAAUAUAUUCAACCGAUGCAUCACUGGUUUCCAAAUAUAACCAAGAUAGAAGAGGUUACCAACCAAGAACAAGAGAAGAGGUUUGAGGCAGCAAAGUCCAGAGCCUUUGGUAAUCACAUCGACAAAAAAUUUCAUGGUACAUCUGAAGAAGGCGUUAAGGGAAUAACAAAAGAUGGUUUUAAGUUGCCAAACCAAAAUGCAAAAGGAAAGAAACGCGGUAUGUACGGUCAAGGAAUAUACUUCGCUACAGAUUCCUCAAAAAGUGCACAGACGAUUUACACUAAGGGUUCACAAAAACUCCUACUUUGCGACGUACUUCUUGGAAAAAGUAAGGUGGUUCAUAAAGAAGACAAUACGUUGAACAAACAGAAAUUGAACGCAGAGAAAUGUGAUUCAGUGUAUGCCCCAAGAGGAUCGGCAGUGAAAAAUGACGAGUACGUUAUCUUCGAUCCAGACCAAGCCCUUCCACUUUAUAUAAUACAUUUCGCGACAAAAAUACCCUAUCCUUCAACAAUUUUAAGCCAGACGUCCGUAACUGUGAAGAAAAUGUUACCAACACGCACCAUCGACUUUCAAGAUCCUUUCAACGCAUACUAUAACGCUGCUGAGUCCCAUUUUCUAAGAAUGUCCAAACAGACAAAUCCAGCGUUGACCGAGCAAAUCACCUCCAUUGACAUCGUGAUAAACAAAGACCUCGAAGAAAAGUUUGAAGCAACACGAAAAAAAUUUAGAAAAUUAGGAAUUAAUGAUAAAGAAAUCCUUGCUUAUCAUGGAACGGAUCCUGUCAACAUCCCCAGCAUCAUAAAGUCAAAUUUGCAGUUGUCCUUUGCAAAGCGACAGGCCUAUGGUAAAGGAAAUUAUUUCUCGGAGUAUCCAAGGAUCAGCUUAGGUUAUGGGAAGGGUCUUCUUUUGUGUCGUGUACUUCCUGGAAAGGAAUUUGUCGACGCUAGUGGCAUUGAUAUACCAGUAGGAUAUAAUUCCAAGAAAGUGUUGUUAAACAACCAAUCUGGGACAGCAAAAGCAAACGCCAGUGGGGAGAUGAUAAUUAUUGAAGAUUCGAAUCAGAUAUUACCCUUUUACGUAAUUUAUCGCUAACAUUACUAUUAGCAUGCCAAAGAAAAAACAAAAAUAAGCUGUAAAACAACGAUGUUUGUGUACACACGAUAUAUGUGAAGCACUUUUAAUUUAAAAGACUUUUAUAACAAACAAUUACUGAUUACAUUUCACCAUUUAAAAUAACAAUAUAAGUUAUGUUUUAACAAGUUAUGGAUAGGAAACAAAAUGAACAAUUAUUAAAUUAAUUUUCAUUAGUAA